UCAGUAAAAUUGCUCAAAAAUCAGGUGCAAGGACCGAGACCGUUAUAUCGAAUACCGAAAUCAGCGAAUCCUCAUCUUGACCUUGAUAGUGUUGCGAUCUGGUUGAUGAGUUCUGAAGUGGUAAGUGGUUCAACUAUUGUAGUAUAUAAUCAACAGAUGGCUGUUCAUGCAUGUGUACAUCAUUCCACUAUUUUGGAUAUUAGAGCACGUGGAUUCCAGAGACAACUUUCGUUAGCACUUCUCAGUGCAGUCAAGCCAACUGCAUCAGUUUUGAAACUUUUUAUUGAUGUUGCAAGACAGUUACUCUCACCUAUAUUAGCGUGUAAUCGGCGUUUAUUUAAGGAACGUCUAUCUCAGCUGAUUGAUCUGUCAGACUCAAUGCAACGAUCUACAUUCAACAAUUAUUACGCAUUAUACUCUGAUCUAAUGCUCUCUCCUACGAGUGUAGCCAGAAUUGAAUCGGUUGCUGUGCAGGCUCGUCGUUUAUUGCCGCGUUUUCAAGCAGCGUACAACUCGAUAUCGAACUCGAAAUCAGAGAAUUGUUCGAGACAUCGCAUCGAUGAUGUUGAAGAGUGUCUCGGUGCCAUCGGUAAUCCUCACGCACCUUUAUUACCAAUUAACGACCUCGCUCCUUGUACAUUUGAUAAGUUCGUGAAAUCGUUAGCAAAAUCUCGGGAAUUAUUUGUAAAUAAACCGAGCACGGCAGCAGCAUCGUCGACGAAAAAUGGUGCUAUGUUCUGUGCCCAAACUCCAAUUCUGCGACUAUCUCAUUUCAGCACGCCCCCGCCAAUCUGUCCUAAUAAUCUAUUGAGUUUGUUGUCGGACGAUUACGAAGAUAAAGAAGAAUCUCUGAAGGCGAUUAUUUCUAAUCUCAAUAAUAUCCUUUACGCAAUGUUCAGUGGUGAGAAGAUAGCCGUGUGCGCGUCGAAACAGAGGCAAAUCACCGCAAUGGAUCUCUUGAAAAAAUUGAUUCUCGUCCGCGUUUCUGUUCAACGACACGGACUCAUUUGGAAUGAUAGCCCAUUCAUAAUCCCACAAGAUUGUCAGUUAUUUGGUCAAAGUGUAUCUCGUGAAGAAUCAGCAAAAUGGAAAGCUGACGGUGUUAAUGUCAUUGUUGAUUUGAAUGGACACACAAUACGAUGUAAACAGUAUAAUGGUGCAGUCCUACGAAGUUUGGCGAAGAAGCGUACGGAUUCAUUUCCAACAGAUCGUAGCCUUAUUGCAUAUUUGGUGUCGUUAUUAACUGAUUUUUGUAUGUUAGUUUAUAUGGCAAAACAUGAAGAUGUGCGCAAAUUAUCACAACUUUUAACACUAACCACUGCCGAUAUAAAUAUGUUGGCGAAUUUUUUAGUUGAGAUCGAUUUCUUGAGAUAUGUCAGAGUUAAGGACGAUUUCAUUCGAAGUGAUAAAACCGCUUCGAAAAAUAUCAAACUAUAA